CGCGCGCGUCAGCCAAAACACGGUCGUGCCUAAAUAUGGGCAUGGCCGUGUUUUGAUUUAGGCGCGCCCGUGUUUUUACUGCCGAACCUGUUCCCCUAUAUUCAAUGCUUCGUUUCUCCCUCGUCCGGACUCCGAAUCCGUCGCCGUUUGAUCCCAGACGCUCGUAGUCUCGUCCUAUUUAUUUUAAUGACAAGCUUACAUGAUUCUUUGUCCAUAAAGUGAGGUAGAAAUCCAUUCUUAUUCAGGUCAUGCCCGAGUUUCUUCUCCCUAAUCGCCAAUUGAUCUCUGAUUGACUUGAAACUUGCGCCUAUGCUUCACUUUAUGUGCUAGGACCUGAAAUGUGACAAAGGAACACAACCUAGCGUAAAAUAGGCCAAAGACUCAAUAAUUAAAGCUCAAACAAUCAAGAAACAAAGGGGAAAACAUGUGCAAAUAUCGAGUCAUCAACUGCAGUCCCUUCCAUUGGUUACACUUGGCCAUUGUUAGGAGUUGUGUCAUAGCGAGUCAAGUUUUUGGCUCCAUUGCUGGGGAGUUUCUAGAAUAUUAGGAAAGGCAGAAGUUUGUUAAUUUAGCGUUUUUCUUUUCUUUUCCACCCUUGCUUUUCACUUGGGUGUUUUUGUUUUUGUUGGUGCAGAUCUGAAUCAUGGAUCCUCAUGGCUUCUCCAACAAUUGGGGGUAUCCACCACCACCCGAGUGGUAUUACCCCGAGACUCCCUGGAGCAAUCAAUGAGGAGAAGACUAUGGAUUCGAGUUCCAGUACCAACCCCCUUACUACGGAGAACAACCGGACCCCUAGGCAUAUCAAGAACAACCUCAUUACCAAGAAGAAUUUCUCCCACAACCAGAAGGGCCAUCGGCGCUGGAGUUACCCAUGGCGGCCUUCACGGGCCAUUCUGCAGAGCCAUGCUACACUCCACAGCCAGAUCCAAACUAUGAAUUGAGGCUUCUCAUGGAACAGUUUGCUCGAGACAGUGAGAGAACAUGCUCCAGGAUGGAUCAUUGUGUCCAGGCCUAUCGUGAAACAGAGGAGAUCCUCCUGAGCCUUAAGAAGAGCGUCGAUGAUCUUGAGCGAUCUUGUGCACAACCUGCUCCCGAUCACCCUUCUGCUACCAUACUAGAAGAGGAGGAGGAGGAGGAAGAAGAAGGCUACAAGGACAUUGUGGAGCACACUAAAGUUGUCACGGAGAGCUCCCGUGAUGAUCAUGAUGAGGAAUGUCCUGUCAUAGCCGACCACACCUUCCCACAUCCCAAACUGAGCUUUGAAGAGGCGGGCAUGAUUGAGGAGAUGCAAGAAGAUCUCAUGAAAGAAAUUGCUUGGCAGCUUGCUCUCCAAUCCGUGCUAGAAGAAGAAGAGCAAGAAAGGGUGAAGAAAGAAGUUGUGGAGGAUGACGAAAGUGAAGCAGAAGGAGUUAUUGAUCAUUUCCCAGGGGUGAUACCACAUGAAGAAGAAAGGGAGGUUGAAGAAGCAAUUGGCGUCCAGGCUGAGGACGGAGUUAAGGUGGAAGAGGCAUGCACCGGCUAUGAGUUACUUGUGAUAUCUCCACCGAAUUUCGAGGAGCUGCUUGGCAAGGACCCAUUUGCAGUGUCUCUUUGCCAGACCAAGGCCACAUCGACAUCGGUCCCUCUUGGUGGACGCGAUGGUGGCCAAUCGAUGUUGUCAUAUCUAGUUUGGGGCAAUGAGACGGGAGAAGAGAAGAAGAGGUCUUGAGGGUGGAGACUUCAUCCGCAUCAAGUGCACGAGCUUCCAUCACCUGUCAUACCACAUGCUCGUGACUUGAGACUCCACCUCAUUGACGAGAACCUCAACUUCAAGGAGGUUUUGGGGUGGACCGAAACUUAGGAGCCAUCGUCCGGCUCACGACGUGAAAGAAGCGCUUGUUGGGAGGCAACCCAACCAGUCGGUUUGCAUUUCUUUCUCUAUUUCACCUUGGUUAAGUCAGUUUUGUUCUUUGAUUUUAGAGUCAAUAACUCAAUCUUUGUGAGAUUUUUUGGUGUUUGUGUUCCGACUACUCUCUCCUCCUGGAAUACACCGCCUGCCUCGUCCACCAUCAUUCACCCUUGAUCUGGUAACUUCGUUCUACCCUCCUUAUCUUUCCUCCAUUGAGGACAAUGUCGUGCUUAAGUGUGGGGGAUAUUUGAUUAUGUAUGCGGGUGAAUGUUUGGCUGUUUGUGUGCUUGGAGCCUAGUCCAUUGUCCAAAUUUUUAAAUUUGAGGGCUCCAAAUACGUGUUUCCUUGUAAAUUGCCUGCUCAGUAUGCUUUGAAUUGACAGUCUCUAUAGUAAUGUGCAACCUAGGGAGGUAGUGUAGCACUAUGGAGGAUGUUGAAGUAUAAGAUUUUUCCUAUCUAGCUCUCUGUUGUGCCAGUUGAUUUUAUGAAUUAGUGGAGCUAGGACAAUUGAAUUCAUGUGGUAAUGGUGAAUCUAUGUGGAUUGUGUUAUGGACUCGUGUAUCGAACAUGGUGCUCAUGUGAAAAAUGAAAUGCAGUUGGUCCUCCAUGUCAAAAUCAUCAAAAUCUUAAACAUGGGGUAAGCCCAACGUGUGCGGCACCGUUCAUUGCACCAAAUCAGGUUUUGGAAGAGAUUUUAGUGAUCCUUAGUAGGGUACUCCUACAAGGUGAAGCUAACGGGUCGUUUGCGUCAAGGUUUUUGUGAUGCAUUUGGGCAUGGAAACCCAUCCAUCAUGGAUUUGCACUAAAAACCAUUGUUUGCAUUAGGGAUUUAGUAAAUUGAAAUCUGUGGG